AUGGAGUACCAGGAUGCCAUCCGGACCCUCAAUACACUUCAGACCAAUGCCAGCUACCUGGAGCAGGUGAAGCGCGAGAGAGGGGGGGACCCCGAGGCCCAGUUGGCAGCGAUGGAGGGGUUCCUGGAGCGAAGUGGUUUGAAGGUUAAAGACCUCGAUCAACUGAACAUUAUCCACGUCACUGGGACAAAGGGCAAGGGCUCUGCAUGUGCCUUCACCGAAAGCAUUCUUCGCAACUAUGGUUUGAAGACGGGUUUCUACAGUUCUCCCCACCUGGUUCAAGUGCGUGAGAGGAUUCGGAUCAAUGGAGUGCCGAUCAGCAAAGAGCUGUUCAGCAAAUACUUCUGGAAGGUCUAUAAUCGCUUGGAAGAGACCAAGCAUGCGGACCACGCUGCCAUGCCGGCCUACUUCCGCUUCCUCACCAUCAUGAUGUUCCACGUCUUUUUGCAGGAAAAGGUGGACCUGGCCAUUUUGGAAGUUGGCAUCGGCGGCGCGUAUGACUGCACCAACAUCAUCAGGAAGCCGGUGGUGUGUGGCGUCUCCUCGUUGGGCAUCGACCACACCAGCAUUCUGGGGGACACCAUUGAGAAGAUUGCCUGGCAGAAAGGGGGGAUCUUUAAGCCUGGCGUGCCAGCGUUCACGGUUCCACAGCCGGAGAGACCCUUAGAUGUUUUGAGGGAGCGAGCCGAGAAGAGUUUGAGCCCGCCUGCCUGUGGCCCACGCACGGCCCACCACAGCCUUCUACGUGGCCUGCAGAGUUUGCUCGCCUUAACGUUGGCCUCGUCUCCUCUGCCAGCCCACUCACUCGCCUUCAUGAUGGCUGGUGGCUGCAAAAGAGAAGCAUUAACUACUCGUGGGGGUGAUUGCUCUUUUUUUGGGAUAGACCUUGAGGAGCUGAAGGACCCCUGGCCGAACCCAGAGCUGUCCGUGAAGAGACCCCCACCCUUGGCCCCCGCAUUCAAACUGGACAAUGCUAUGGUGCAAGGCCUCCGGGAGACGGUGUGGCUGGGCCGUAACCAGGUUCUCCAUCACGGCCCCGUGACGUGGUACAUCGACGGCGCCCACACCACGACCAGCAUCCAGGCGUGCGUGCGCUGGUUCCUCCAGGCCGCCCUGAACGAGGGGAAGCCGGCCGACGGUUCCGAAGUCCGAGUCCUGCUUUUUAACGUGACCGGGGACCGGGACACGGCGGCUCUCCUGAAACUGCUGCUGCCCUGCCACUUUGACUAUGCCGUUUUCUGCCCCAAUUACACCGAGGUCUCCACGGUGGCGAAUGCAGACCAGCAGAACUUCAACGUCACCUUGGAGAACGUCUUGACGCGCUGCUUACAGAACCAGAGUCACUGGAACCGCCUGCUGGAGGCGAAAGUGGGCCAAGACCCCUGGCUCUCCCCCUCUGCGGAACUGGAAGGGGUGGCCGGCUGGUUGAAGCAGGCCCCGCUCCGCGGCCCUUCGCUCUUCACGCCCCCCGCCGUGCAUCCGCUACUCAACGCCAAUUCCUUGGUGUUUCCCUGCAUCUCCCAUGCCUUGCAGUGGAUCUCCCAGGGCAGGGACCCGCACUUCCAGCCGGCGGACUCCAGGGGCGCCCACCCGCACCCCAUGGCCAGCCGAGGGGCCGUCUCCCUCCGGGAAGCCUCCACGAUCCGGGUCUUGGUGACGGGCAGCUUGCACCUGGUGGGGGGUGUCCUGAAGCUUCUGGAUCCCUCUCUUUCCCAGUAGGUGGCGGGCCGUCUGCCCGGGAGGCUGCGUUUGCGAUCUGGCAGCUGGGGACCUUGGCAUGAUGCUAGUCCUCAGUGCAGGAUGCCGAUGGGAGGUUGUGGAUCCUACGGUGUAUCUCUGCCUCUUGUCCACUCGGCUGAGCCUCUGCCCAGAUUUCCUGGCAGACAGCAGGGUGAAAACGGAGUCCCGUCGGAUCUUGAACAUACAUCCCUUCCGGAUGCCGGCUGAUUGGGAUGUAGGCCACCCGCAAGAUGAAAGCAUCAGUGGUCGCUGAUUUGGGAUCUCCUUGCCCAUUUCCCCCUGCACUGAGUAGCCCCAAACCAUCCACCCACCCUCUCAGCCCUUGGCUCCGAUCCAGCGCGCCGUCUUAAUUUGUCCACGGCCUCCCUCUCAUCUCUCCUCUGGUUUUAACAAAGCCCAAGAGACAAACCGACGUCCUUUGAUGGACAAAACUCAAAUGUGCCUUCUUUUCUCCGUCUGUUGAGCUCCUGCUGACCUCGAAUCCGUCAUCAUCGCCAGCUUUUUUUGCGUAUGUGUGUUUGUGGUGAUUUCAGGUUUCUUUCUGCCUCUUCCUCUCCGUGUUGGGGAUGAUCUCAGUUUGCCUGUGUGUCCUCCCUCCCUCCCCGCACGCCCUGACUUUUGAAAAUGUACCCCAGUCCUCCUAGCCUGGCUUUUCAGGUCUGGCUUCCUCUGUGUCCCCCGGAGAGGGUGAGGUGCGGGAUGGAGGGUCUGCCUCCCUGCGUCGGCUUUGACGGUGGCUUUGCCAUCCUCCUUUUGGGGAAACUGACAUUCUUGUCGAGCCAGGGGAACGUAUACGACAGCCCUGCUUUCUCACGAGAUGCCGCCCACGGAGAUCCAAACACCUCUUUUUUUUUUUUCCUCUGGGUGAACCGGAAAGAGUAUGGAAAACAUUUGGGGUCCCAGCGCCGGCGUGGCCAAGCGGUUCCCAUCCGCGAACGUCUUGCCCUCCCUCUGAUGGGGGAUCCUACGCCAAGUAGGAUCCACUGACCACUAGAGGGUGCUGUCGAAUCAAAAAAGAUCGCAGGGCCCAUCGUUAGGAAUCUUUCCCCCUAGUGAGAACCUCGCUUGAAUUCGUAGGCAUUUCAUAACUCAGCUUCAGUCUCUCUCUCUCUCUCUUUCCGCAUUCCUCUCUCUGCUGGAGUGUUUCUCCUGUUAGGAGCAAGGGCAGUCGGGUUCCCCAUCAGGUGUCCCUUGACUCCGGCUUCUAUCAUCCCCAGCCGCCGUGGCGAACGGUUCAGCAGUGAUGGGCCCCAGAGAGCCCAAGGGUUUCUCGCCUGUAUACUCUUUUAGAGCGUCGUCAGCCUGGAUUCGAGGUGCAAAAAUGGAGCCCUAAAUCGGGGAAGGAUAUUAUGGAGCAUAGGAACUUGAACCUUGCUGUUUGUAAGAAUCGGGGCCCGGUCCUCUGCUCUAAAAACGUAGAGCAACCUGCCUGCUAGAAAGGAUGCUGCUAACUUUUCCUUGAGGGGCUAGCUUUCCGUUUGCGGGUUGUGUUCAACGAGGGCACCUUGUGGGGUGGAAGAGGUGCCUUUCCCACUUCGGCCGUAGAGUCCUGCUGUUUGAAAAUUCUCCUGUUUCGACCUCUGCUCACGUCGGGCGUGUUGAGAACGACGCUCGGGAACUUUUAAAUCUCCCUCGGGGGUAAAAUAAGAGGGCAGAAGAAAUGCUGUUUUGGCUUUUCUUCCCAAAACACGUUUCCUCUUUUUUAAACUAUUUUUUAUUUUGCAUGAUUCCCGGAGAAACGCUUGUCUGUAAAAUGGUAAUUCUCCGGGAUACUUCGGUAUGCAUGCCACUCCCAAACAGGUGUGCACAAAAGUUGGUCCUCCUGAUCUUGCUGUGACUGCCACUCCCAUCAACCCCACUGAGGACUGAUGGGAGUUGUAGUCCAGGGCCACCUAGAAGGUCCGACUUUGCCUCCCUCUGCCCCAAAAAGCUCACCAGAGCCCGGAUGAUCUUAGAGAUGGACAUCUCUGAGAAGUAUCCUUGACAAUCGCCACCAUCGUUAAUGGUUAUCAUCCUUUCCUCCCCUGGCACCCCCACCAACAGAGAGGGUGUCCGUGCGGCGAAAUUCCUGUGAGGCUUCUGGCCUUGUGGCAAAAUGUGGUGUUUAUGCUUUUCACAACCUCUUGUACGUUCGUAGAACAGAACAAUUCAUGUCUGGGAACAUCUAAGCCCCUGCGAUUUGUCCUCUACUGCUCACGUCAUCCAUAUAUUGCUUGCCUUCCCCCCCCCUCAGAUAUACUGUAUUGUUAGAAAGAUUCAUGUUCUGGGCUGUGGUACCGUUGAAACCAUUGAUCUGUACUGCCUGGGGCUGAUGGAAUCUGUAGUCCGAAACUUCUGAUGUGCCACCAGUUGGUUAAACUGGGAAUCCGGCACCGAUAAACUAGCAGUUCUGAGUUCGAGGGGUGAUGUCUCUCUCUAAGGUGAUCCUCGGGGUUUCGCCUUAAUAAAUAGUAACUGACAGUUUUAGGAUAAUUUAACUGCUUUCCAAUACAUAGGUCUCUCUGCCCUUACCGCCACCUCGCAAUCUAAAGGGGCAGGAAGCUGACACGCUGACUUUAUAAUUUGGUAAUUUAUCUCAGAACGAUGGUCUUAUUUUAUUUUUCUGUAUUUGUAAAUGAACUCUUUAUUUGUAAAUUAACUCCUGGAGCUAUUUUUUAAAAUUUGUAACCCUUUGUUCCUUUAUAAAAGCGACCUUCUGGGAAUUUUUGAAUAAUAAAAGUUGGGUGCUCAGAAAGAAAGAAAAGGCCGAGUCGGACGCCUAACUUUCUAUA